AUGGCUAUCCAGAUCCCUAUCGACGCGAUCACCUCGCGGUUCGGUGACCGCUUCAACAGCAUCCGCAGCCAGUCCCUGAGCACCCGCUUCGCCAACCUGCGUCCCGUCUCGGAGUUCCUCGACCUCAAGCGCCUGUCGAAGCCGGCCAACUUCGGCGAAGUCCAGAGCCGCGUCAACUAUAACCUGGGUCACUUCUCCAGCAACUAUGCCGUCGUCUUUAUCAUGCUCAGCAUUUACAGCCUGCUGACCAACUUCCUGCUUCUCUUCGUCAUCAUCUUCGUCACCGGCAGUCUCUACGGAAUCAGCAAGCUGAAUGGCCGCGAUCUCGACCUUGGGGUGCGCCGCUUCAACACCUCUCAGCUCUACACCGGUCUGCUUUGUGUGGCCGUGCCCCUGGGCUUCUGGGCCUCGCCCAUCUCGACAGUCCUCUGGCUCAUCGGUGCCACCGGCGUGACCGUCUUUGGCCAUGCCGCCUUGAUGGAUAAACCAAUCGAGAAUGCUUUUUCCGAGGAGGCGGUCUAG